AUGUCGACCGCUACGAAACCCUCAGCGCUGACCUUUGAUCUCCAUGGCCGAUGUUCGACAUCCAAGGCUCGUGCCUCAACCCUUCAAUUGCCCCAUGGCGCAGUCGAGCUACCAAUGUUCAUGCCCGUCGCGACACAGGCAUCUCUCAAGGGACUUACGCCAGAACAGCUGGAGGAGACAGGUUGCAGGCUGUGUUUGAAUAAUACAUACCACCUGGGCUUGAAGCCUGGCCAAGCGGUGCUAGACACCAUUGGUGGAGCCCACAAGUUACAAGGCUGGAAUUACAAUAUUCUGACUGAUAGUGGCGGUUUUCAAAUGGUUUCAUUACUGAAGUUGGCAAAGAUCACGGAGGAAGGUGUGCGGUUCCUUAGUCCUCACGACGGCAGUCCUAUGCUACUCACUCCCGAGCACUCAAUGUCGUUGCAGAACUCUAUCGGCUCGGACAUUAUGAUGCAGCUUGACGAUGUCAUUCAAACUACGUCGCCCGACCGGGCCCGUAUGAAGGAAGCCAUGGAACGAUCUAUCCGAUGGCUUGAUAGAUGUAUCGUCGCGCACAAGUAUCCCGAAUCUCAAAACCUCUUUUGCAUCAUUCAGGGCGGUCUCAACCUGGAGAUGAGGAGACAAUGCUGCCUGGAGAUGGUCAAGAGGGAUACCCCAGGCAUCGCUAUUGGUGGUCUCUCCGGAGGAGAGGCCAAGACUGAUUUCUGCAAAGUGGUUGACACAUGUACGAGCUUGUUCCCUGAAAAGAAGCCAAGAUAUGUCAUGGGUAUUGGCUAUCCCGAAGAUAUCGUCGUUGCAGUGGCCCUUGGAGCGGAUAUGUUCGACUGCGUAUGGCCGACAAGAACCGCUCGCUUCGGCAAUGCUAUCACCGCGUGUGGCGUCUUGAAUCUCAAACAUGCUCGAUACGCUGAGGACUUCGGUCCCGUUGAAGAAGGCUGUUCUUGCACCUGCUGUCGAGCGAAACAAGAUGGAGGACUUGGGGUCUCAAGAGCGUACAUCUAUCAUCUUGCUGCAAAAGAAACGGUUGGAGCUCAUCUAUUGACCAUGCAUAACGUCCACCACUUGCUCUCGCUCAUGGGACGAAUCAGGACUGCCAUUCUCGAAGAUCGAUAUCCUGCUUUCUGUAAGGACUUCUUCGUGAAAUACUUUGAAAGUCAGCCUCCACCGGAGUGGGCGGUCGACGCACUCAAAGGGGUAGGGAUCGACAUAUGA